CUGUUUCCGUUGGGCUGUAAGGCGCAGAUCCGCUUGUGUAAGUGUGUGUUUGACAUUUAGUUACCAGCCACACUGUCUUGGUGGACACACACUCGAGCCGGCAGCUGAUACUACGAGAAAAUUGAGUAAAAUGCUGUCUUCCCUUGUUGCAAAAAGACUGGUGAACGGGCUGUGCCAGACAGCAUGGAGACCGGCAGUGACAGGGCUGACAUCAUCCCGUGGUUACCGUGGAGAAGCACCCGACGACACCAGAGGUGACCUGAUCGAGAUCCCUCUGCCCCCCUGGGAGGAGAAGCAAGGCGAGCCCAUCGACAUCAAGAGGCGCCGCCUGCUCUAUGAGAGUCGCAAGAGAGGCAUGUUGGAGAACUGCAUACUGCUCAGCCUUUUUGCCAAGCGAUACCUGAACACAAUGAGUGAGACCCAGCUGCAGCAGUAUGACAGACUGAUUAAUGAGCCGAGCAAUGACUGGGACAUCUACUACUGGGCAACAGAGGCCCAACCCACCCCCGAUGUUUAUCAAGGAGAGGUCAUGGAUAUGCUAAAGGAGUUCACAAAAAAUCGCGACCAGGAACAGAGGUUGGAUGCCCCCAACCUGGAAUACUUGGACAAGGGAAGCCAAUGAGGCUGGGGCCCUCUGGAGCCUCUCAGAGACUGCCACCACGUGGGCCCCUGAAGGCAAUUUCAGUGGCAUUACCCACCAGAGAAAAUCUUCCAGCCGACGAUGAAGUCAGCUAAUUUUUUUUUGUCCCAGCAGAGUGUGCAAAAUAUUAGGAACGCUUAGUGUGUCCAUAAAGCACGCUAACCAAGUAAAUUCAUAUGAAAGCUAUGGUCUUUGUGGUCCAUUAUUUCAUAUGUGAAGCCCAUUAAAUCAUGGUGGGAGGGCCAAAGAGGGAGGAGGUGGAGGGGUUUUUAGCCCCUGAGAUGAAGAUUAGGAAAAAGUUGAUUUAGCUCAAUAUCAGGUGUUUUUUAAUGCUUUGUACACUCUGUAUUGUGAUUUUAAGGUUCAGUGCCCUCUUGCACACAAUGACUGUAAAUAAUAAAUUCCUGUAACUAGAAGUUUGGAAGAGGCACAAUGCAAAUUUGUUACAUAAAGAGAUCCAAGCUGAUUAUAGACAAUAAAACAUAAAACACAAACACACAGACUCACACAUUCAGAAGGAGCAGUUGAAUUUUAGUGUACAGUGAUUACAGAACGUCAACGAUACCUCGUGUGCAUUGUUAUUUAAUAAAUGUUGAUCCUGUGCUGUGA